AUUUCCUGUAACAAUUCCAGUACUGCACUGCUCUGCUUUCGAGGUGCUUCAUUUCAAAAACAGUUUAAAGUCAGGUUACGAAAAUAUUCACUGGUUAAUUUUAUACAUUUUUUUCGUAAUUCUUGGAAUCCAACUCGAAGAUGUUUGGAGACACGAGAGAAAUCCCUGCAGAAAUUGAGAUGUCUUCGUUUAUGGAGAGACCUGGCAAUUCUUCUGAAACCGUAAGCUAUUUGGAGGUUUUGAUUGAGGAAGGAAGAGUGGAGGAACUGGAGAGAUAUCUAUCGCAGCAUCCUGGAUGCAUCAAUGUGCCUUGUGACUACUUUGAUAACACACCUCUCCAUUUAGCCGCUGAGUCUGGUCGAGCAGAAUGUGUCCAACUGCUUCUGAAUCUAGGCGCUAGAACAGAUGUGAAAAAUGCGGACUCCGACACGCCCCUUCAUUUAGCAGCAAUGUUAAAAUCAUCAGAAUGCCUGAAAAUUUUGCUGGAAGCAGAAGAUAUAAUUUGGCAGAAAAACAUGUUCAAAUGUACACCGCUCCACCGUGCUGCUCGAGCGGGCUGUGCCGAUUCUGUCAAGUUAUUGAUAGGACACAUAUCUCGCACAGAGUCACUGAAUAUUGAAGAUGCAGUUAAUAAACCAGAUUUGUGUGGGCGGACUCCGCUUCAUUUUUCUGCUAUGUCACGUUCAUUGGACUGUGUUAAGCUGCUUGUUGCAAACGAAUCCUCUUUGUCACCAGCCGAUGAAUACGGCAAUACUCCUUUGCAUUAUGCAGCCAUGUCGGGGUCACCCGAUAUUGUCAAAUACUUAAUUGUGUGUGGGGCAGAUUUCCUUUUGGAAAACAAAGACAAAUUAAGGGCGCUCGAUAUGGUUCUGAAACAUGUACAAGCCGGCGAAGAUCUCAUGAAAGAGGCUUUUGAUGAAUGUGUCACAUAUAUCGGCUUCGGAGACAUUGAAAUCAGUCUGAAAAUACUUUGUCCUGGGAAUAGGAACAAAAUUGCCGUAGCCAACACACUGUACACAUGUCACAAACAUAAGAAGGAGCUACUUCUUCAUCCCUUGUUGGCGUCAUUCAUCCUUUUCGAGUGGCACAAGAAUAGGAAAUUCAUCUGGUACCGGUUUCUGGUUUAUCUCCUCUACUUGUUCGUACUGACAAUUUUCGUGUCCGUGUCUGCGAAUUAUAAAGCACGGGCGCCAUUGCGGGCUAUAACAGGUCUUCUUUCUGUUCACGUCAUUUUAUUCUGUCUCCUUUAUCUUCUGUCCUCGCAGUAUACGUGGUAUGAACGAGUCUACAAAAUCCUCCUGACUGCAGGCCCUCCGAUCCUGACCCUGGUGUCGGUCUGUAUCCCUUACAAUUCAGAAUGGUGUGGACUGGCCAUCCUGUUUUCAUGGCUGUCUGCCCCUCUGUACUUUAGUACGAUCCAAAUAAUAAGUCAGCAAAUGGAAAUGUUUAGAUUCGUUACCAAGGAGAUAUUUAAACAUUCCCUGGCUCUCUCAUUUGUUCUAUUUGGAUUCUCAAUAACAUUUUUUGUUCUGUAUCGCGAUACAGACGACAAUUUCAGAAACUUGUGGUACUCGUUUCUGUAUACAACGCUGGUACUUCUUCAAGGAGAAGAUAUCGGAAAUUUUGCAUAUGGAGGAAACGGUACUGCCAACUCUACGCAUGGUGAAUGGUACACGCCUUCCUUUACCGAAAAUAUAAUGCACAUGGGAUUCGCAGGUAUCACAGCAUCUCUUUUGUUUGUGUUUUUAGUUACAAUAGCUUUGUUGAAUAUAUUGGUAGCACUGGCUGUUAAGGGUGGCGAUGAACUCAAGGAAUAUGGGAAGGUGUACCACCUGUGGUGUGAGGUACAACUGCUUUAUGACUGGCAUGAGGUGAAGAGGUUCUUUAGAAAAGAUUACAUUAAACGAACUUACGACAAUCUCCAUGAUCAAGGUUUCUUCUUUGUCAGAGAGGGAGACGUCCCCAUGUCGCUGUUACAUGAACUGAGAACCGUGGCGGUGUAUAAAGGCAGAAAGAAAGAGUUGGAACUUAAAGUGGAUAAAAUGGCGGAAAACCUGACGAAAUUUAUGCUCAAGAUAGAAAGUUUGACGAAGGAAUUGAAGAAGGAAUAAUACGUGCUCUUCUUCUGUGUUGUAACGCCGUGUGAGCUUUGUAGGUAGGCACCAACGUGCAAAUCUCUCUUAAUCCCCCCAAUAUUUUUAUCAUCAUAUUCAUCACGAAGCCUUAGGCAUCGUGGAAGAAUUGUUUUGGGCAUAAAAUGGGGAUGAAUGUUUAAUGAGUUAUGCACAGAAAAACAUAAAGCUUGUAGGUCUUUGUGUUUUUAGGACUACUCGUUAAUAUUGUUGGGUUUUAAGGGAAAUUGUAAAGUGACGAGAAAUUUUAAGUAAAACUCACCUGUACCGAGUUUAAUGAAAAUCCGUCAAGCGUUUCCAGGUUUCUGAAAUGUUCGUGGUUGCACACUGUCAUGUGAUGUGUGUGUGUGUUGAGUGAGUGUGCUGUAUUUUGUUGUAAAAUGAUUGUAAAAUGUAAGUAAACUGAAUAAAUAAAUGAUUGUUUGCACACAGAAUAAUAAACGAAUAUGAUAAUUA